AAUGCCAUCUUCACAAUCUCACCUUCAUCCGCUCAAUAACCACCUCACACUUCAAAACUACAACAAAGCCUCCAAGGUUGCAAAAAGAGAUAGAAAUACCCAAAAUCACUCCACAUUCCGCCGCCUCGACGAACGAAUCACAUUUGAAACAUGAAGUCUCAAGCUUCAUUUAUGUACAGAAGGUGAAGUUCAUCAUGCAUGCAAUUUCAACCACUCAUCUGAAUGGUUGCCUUCAUCAUUUGUAUCCCUCAUCAAGGAUAUGCACUUUACCGUUGAAGCAAAGUUCAUUUCUAAAAGGUCAAUAUCACAUUAGACACAUCACUGGAGUCAAGUGGGCUGGUCGGCACAGAAAACGUGCAGGUACUGUGGUUUCUCCUAGUUCUAUCCUCCCUCUUACAGAGGAAAAUGUUGAAAAGGUUCUGGAUGAAGUCAGACCGGGCUUAAUGGCUGAUGGAGGGAAUGUGGCUCUACAUGAGAUUGAUGGCCUUGUUGUAGUGCUAAAGCUACAGGGAGCUUGUGGGUCCUGUCCAAGUUCUACAUUGACAUUAAAGAUGGGAAUUGAAACCCGCCUUCGUGAUAAAAUUCCAGAAAUUGAAGCGGUUGAACAAAUUCUUGACACUGAGACUGGCCUCGAGUUGAAUGAAGAAAAUAUUGAAAAGCUUCUUGCAGAGAUCAGACCGUAUUUAGUGGGCGCAGGUGGUGGAGAACUGGAACUCAUGCAGAUCGAAGAGUAUGUUGUCACGGUCCGCCUUAGUGGCGCUGCUGCUAGUGUGAUGACAGUGCGUGUAGCUCUAACACAAAAGCUAAGAGAAGCAAUACCUGCAAUAGCUGCUGUUCGGUUAGUUGAUUAAAAUACCACAUAAAAUACUUGUUUAACAAAAAUGAAAAACAAAAAAACGAAUUCAUAUUUCUUAAGGCCAUGAGGCCGGAUGGCUAUGGUGAUCUGCUUUUCUAUGUAGAAUUAUGAAGUUAGCUAAACCUGUUUCUUCUGCCUGCUCUUUAUUUUUAUAAUGCUUUAAACACUUUUGAGGAAUUGCUUGAGAUAGGGAUGCAUUUAGAGUGUAAAAUACAAUUUUAGGAGUAUAGCAUUUUAUUCUUUCAACGCAA